AUGGACCGUGGUGUCGUGCACGCCUACUUUGACGAGUUCGUCGCGACCGGCGUAGUCCUUUUCGACGAUCAACAAGAGCAAAUUGAGCAUGUCGAAGAUGGUCUCAAGUUCCAAUUCCUCCUCACCCCCUCUACCAUCAAGAAACCCCUCUUCCAACAACCCCCCUCCAACCCCGACCCCAGUAGUGGCCGACUCGAAGGAAGCGACAUCGACACCCUCGGCUUCGAAAUCCCCCUUUUCUCAUCGGAAAAACCCCUUUUCUCAUCAUCCACGUCCACCUACCAACCUGCGGGUACACGAACUCACUUCAUAGUCGCCAAUAAAUUCGCCCUUGCCCGCCCUCACUUCCUGGUCCUGACCUCCUCCGGCUUCAGACGCCAACAUGAGCCGCUCGACAGGGAUGACUUUGAGUUUGCGUGGUUUAUGCUGCAUUCUCUACCGAGGAGGGAGAAGACGUUGGAGGGAGGGUCGAAAGACUAUCUGGCGUUUUUCAACUGUGGUCGGGAUUCCGGCUGUAGUCGGGUGCAUAAGCAUAUGCAGGUGUUGCCGAUGAGAUGGUCAGGGUCGGGGACGGAUUCGGGGUCGAAGGGUGAUGCGGGCCAACAGGAACCGGAGAUCCCGUUUUCGUGGUUCUACCAACGCUUUGAGAAGGAAGAUAUGACCGCUCCCGAGGUCGAGGGAGUGUAUGCCAAUUUACUCGCGCAGGCUGAGACUGUCGGGCAGACAAAGGGUGACAUUCCUGACAACACCGAACCGGGCGCGGCGUGCCCGCAUAACGUGAUUUUUACGAGGCGGUGGAUGGUGGUUAUUCCGAGGCGGCUGGCGAGGGUGAGCACAGAGGUCGGAACGAAUGCGUUGGGAAUGUUGGGGGUAAUCCCGGUUGGGACAAGUGAGGAAAUCGAGAGUUGGGUGCGGCUGGGGGUGAAGAAGGCGUUGGCUGAGAUGGGUGUGCCUAGGUCGGAGGAGGGUCCUACGACCAAGUCGGUGGUUUGA